GCGACACACUCAACACUGAGAGAGAGAGGGAGCUGAGAAACGUGGCUGGGAAUUACCUGACUCCACUGACUGACACUGUGAAGAGAACAAAGGAGUGUGGUGGCAGACAGAGAGAGGCAGACAGACACUGUUCGGACACUGUGCCCCCCCCUCCCCCCCGAACAGCUGAGUUACACAAAGGGCAGAACCAUCAUGGAGACAGGCAGCCCGAGGAAGAUCCAGUUCACUAUGCCUCUGCUAGACUCACACCUAGACCCUGAGGCAGCUGAACAGAUCAGGAGGAGGCGACCCACUCCAGCCACUCUGGUGAUGUCCAGUGACCAGUCCUCCCCAGAAAUAGAUGAAGACAGAAUUCCAAAUCAGCUAUACAAGGCAGCCCUGAUGAACUCCCCCCGGCAACGGAGGAAGGGGGCUCGCGGUACCCCCACCAUGAAAGAGCUGCAGUUCUUGGUAGAACACCACCUCUAUAAGCAGCAGCAGCAGCAGCAGCACGGAGGGGGCGGAGCUGACGAGUGCUCCUCGGAGAGCCUGGACUGCCUGUCCGACCGGCCCAGCCCAGACUGUUGCCAUGGCAGCACCGACCUCCCAGAGGAUGAUGGGGUUUGGAGUUCUGAAGCCUUUGAAAAACUCCAGAGCCGGCUCGAAACUCCGGGCGGCGAAUCAGAGGCCAGCGUCACGACUGAGCCACAGAGCGGUGCUCUGAAAGAGGAGGGGGGAGUGGCAAGAGAAGCAACGGCAGCACAGCAAUCUGCACCCGGAGGAACCAAUGCAGACGACGCAUUGUUCCCGGGGGAGGAGAAAAAAACAAGCACACAAGAGAAAUAGACUUCCUUUUUGCAGAGCAGCAGCAUUCUGACUGUAGACUAAAACAAAACAACAAUUGAGUUAAAGAAUGUUUUACACCCCAAUCCUGUAGCAGGAAUAGUGAAAUCCACACAAAUCCCCUAUUAAACUUUGAAAUUCUGUUUAAAACUGUAACAUUACAGCAUCCGUCCACUAGGGGCACAGUGAGCUACAGUAUGUAUCCUAUCCCAUUAGAAUCCCAGUAAACUAAUAGCGCCAUCGUGUAUACGUGGCUCAGAUUUGGGACCGUGUCGUGAAGAUGUUUAUACAUCCUUGAGCAAUAAUAUCGAAAAGACCUCCAUUCAAAAGAGCCAACGUGAAAGCGGGUUACACUGCAGUUUAAAUAAACUGUAACUGCAAGACGUGGUGCUACAGAAUAUAUAUAUAUAUAUAUAUAUAUAUAUAUAUAUAUAUAUAUAUAUAUAUAUAUAUAUAUAUAUAUGUUCAUAUGGGUGAAACUAAAGAUUUAUAUAUAUAUAUAUAGAUAGAUUAUUAAUAGUUAAGGUGACCAUGUGGCUCCGGGUUCAGCAGGACAGUUCAGGCUUUUCAACUCGCAACCCAAUGCAUUCUGGUACGCCGCUUUACCUGUCUCAGGUACCAUCCUUACCUUUGAGAGAAGCAGGACUACGCUUCCCAGAAUGCAUUGGGCUGCGAGUUGAAAAGACUGAACUGUCUCAAACUGUCCCGUUGAACACGGAGCCAGCGUUCCUCUAAGCAUGAUGCGUUCAAUAUUAAAAAAAAAAAAGACAAACACGGCUAGUC